CGGAGGAACAUGUAUCUAACAUUUACAUCUUUCCUAAAGUUAACUGACUCAUCACUAAAUUUAAAAUAAAUUUAAAAAUGAUGGACAUUAAUUUUGAUCCAUACAUUUGGGCUAAAUGGCAUAGUUUUGCAAUAAGAACGGGUGGUUUGUUAGCUGUAGCAAGUAGUAAAGUUGCUUUUCCAGUUUUUUGGAUAUUAUCUUGGAGGAAAACUCAAAAAAUUCCUCCCAUCGACCAUGACAUCUUUCGAAUUAGCGCUAAAAAAUUAUCUUUAAUGAUUCGAAAUAAAGAAAUUAGUUGUGAAGAAGUUAUUACAAGAUACAUAAAUAGAAUUAUUGAGGUUAAUAAAGUUUUAAACGCUGUCGUUGAUGAGAGAUUUCAAGAAGCUUUGGAAGAAGCAAGAAUUAUUGAUGAGUGGCUCAAUACGAAUGCUUUAAAUGUGGAGGAAAUCGAAAAAAGAUUUCCGCUACUUGGAAUUCCUGUUACUGUUAAAGAAGCUUGUAAAGUUAAAGGAAUGAUAUUUUCAGUUGGGAUAAGAACCAGAGAAGGAAUGAUUGCAGAUUCGGAUGGAGAAGCAGUAAGAAGAUUAAGAUCAUCGGGAGCAAUCCCGCUUUUAGUUUCGAAUACACCAGAAACAUGUUUCGGGAUGGAAUGCGAUAAUUUAAUAUCAGGAGUUUGUAGCAACCCAUACAACACUAAUUAUACAUGUGGUGGUUCUUCCGGUGGAGAGGGUGCUUUACUCGGCGCGGGGUGUUCAUUAAUCGGGUUAGGUUCCGAUGUGGGUGGGUCAAUAAGAAUCCCAUCAUUAUUUAAUGGAAUUUUCGGCCAUAAACCAACAUCAGCCUUAGUUCCAAUUCAAGGUCAUCACCCUUUAGUUGAAGAUGAAAAAUUCUCGAGAUAUUUAGUUCUUGGCCCAAUGGCGAGAUACGCAGAAGAUCUGCGUUUGAUGUUAUCAAUUUUAGCUAAAGAAGAUAUUAACGUCAGCGAAAAAGUUAAAAUGACAGAUAUCACCGUUUUUUAUCUAGAAGAUAUGAACGUUAAUUUUGUUAAUCCAGUCGAUAAGUGUAUCAGGAAAGCUUUGUUGAAAUGCGUCGAACAUUUAGGUGGAAGAUGUCAGGCGAAAAUCAGCGAUACAAAGUUUUUGGAACUUUCGGAAACUUUAGAUUUGAGUGUUAUGUGCUUUGGUGAUGUUGGAAAUAAACCCGAUUUAUUGGUUGAUCAAAAUGAUCCAAGUAUACGAUACAAUUUCUUUUCUGAAGUUUUCAAGUUUUUCUUGAACAAAUCAAAAUUGAACUACAACAGCUUAUUGUAUAACAUUUUCCACACGAUUCAAGAAUUAUUAUUUACACAAAACACCACCUAUUUCCAACAAAAAGUUGAUGAAUUCAAAACGAAAUUCACUAACACUUUGGGUGAUAACGGAGUAUUUUUGUAUCCAACUCUUCACACUUCCGCUUUCCAACACAAAGCGACGAUGUUCAACGUAACCGGAUUAGCUUAUACGAUGGCUUUUAACAUUUUUGGCUUUCCAUCGACUCACGUUCCUUUGGGUUUGAAUGAAAAAGGACUCCCAAUUGGGAUUCAGGUUGUUGCCAACCCAAAUAGGGACGCUGUUUGUUUAUCGGUUGCUGAAGAAUUAGAACGAAGAUUUGGGGGGUGGAUACCCCCACCGUCAUAAAUCCUAAUUAAAAUCGAAUUAAAUUAAUUUUUUAACUUAUCAUUAAAAAAAGUUUAAAAUAAGUGCUAAUUAUCUAGUUAAACGAAGUAUUUUGUUUGGUUUGAAAUAAUUAGAAAGAUUCUGGACAAUUUUUGACAGCUUCAAAAAUCUUCUGGAAGACUUUUUAAUUACAUAAAAAGCGUUUGGACACUU